CGUACGGCUACAGUGCCCCCCGGAGGGAGCAAACUCAGCGCUCGGAUUAAUAUAUAAAGCGGAUCGUUGUCAAUCAACAUUACUCAUUCAACGUUCAGUUUUAACACACUUAACAACAACAAAAAAAAAACCUUAUAUUUAUUCACAAUGGCAUUCAAAACUAUCGCCGUCUUCGCUUGCGUGCUGGUUUCCGCACUUGCCGGUCCAGUAGCCCCAGCCUACCCGGCACCGUCUGCCUACCCAGCACCAUCAGCUUACUCAGCACCAUCAGCUUACCCAGCACCAUCGGCUUACCCAGCACCAUCAUCUUACCCAGCACCAUCAGCUUACCCAGCACCUGCCUACAAGCCUGCCUCAUACUCAGCACCAAAGGCAUACGCCCCAGAAGCUGCAUACGCCCCAGCCCCAUACAACUUCGACUACAGCGUGCACGAUGACUCCACCUACGACAUCAAGAGCCAAUCCGAAUACAGCGACGGAAACGGUUACGUCAAAGGAUCCUACAGCCUGGUCGAAGCUGAUGGCACCAAGAGAAUUGUCGAAUACACCGCUGAUGACGUCAACGGUUUCAACGCUGAAGUGAAGAAAGAAGGAACCCCAUCUUACAGCUCUGCCCCAGCCUACAAACCAGCCUACAAGGCUCCAGCUUACCCAGCUGCCCCAGCUUAUCCAUCAGCCCCAGCUUACCCAGCUGCCCCAGCAUACUCUGCCGCACCAGCUUACCCAGCUGCCCCAGCAUACUCUGCUGCACCAGCCUACAAGCCAGCUUACUCCGCCCCGGCUUACUCUGCCCCAGCCUACAAGCCAGCUUACUCCGCACCGGCUUACUCUGCACCAGCAUACUCUGCACCAGCCUACCCAGCUGCACCAGCAUACCCAGCUGCCCCAGCCUACCCAACUGAGUCCUACCCAGCUGCUCCAGCAUACGGAUACUCCACCCCAGCUCCAGCCUACGGAUACUCUACCCCUGCCCCAGCUUACAAGCCAUCGUACGCCGCCCCAGCAUACAAACCUUCCCCGUACAAACACUUAUUAACAGUAUCACCAACAGUACACACAACGAGUACUACGAUAACAGCAGCUCGACAACUCCAAUACAAAAUGUCCGCCAAAUUGAUCAUCUUCGCGGCUUGCGCCGUCGCCACCGCCCUGGCCGUCUACAAGGAACCUUCCUACCCAUCUUACCCAUCCGCCCCGGCUUACCCAGCCCCAGCCUACCCGGCCGCCCCAGCUUACCCAGCACCAGCCUACCCAUCUGCCCCCGCCUACCCAGCAGCACCCGCAUACCCAGCGGCACCAGCCUACCCAGCUGCACCAGCCUACCCAGCAGCACCAGCCUACCCAGCAGCACCGGCCUACAAGCCAGCUUCGUACGCCGCCCCGAAACCCUAUGCCCCAGAGCCAGCCUACUCUGCCCCGUCUCCGUACAACUUCGACUACAGCGUGCACGACACCUACACCGGUGACAUCAAGAGCCAAAACGAAUACGCUGACGCCAACGGUUACGUCAAGGGCUCCUACAGCCUGGUCGAACCUGACGGCAGCAAGCGCACCGUGGAAUACACCGCCGAUGACUACAACGGUUUCAACGCUGAGGUCAAGAAGGAAGGUGGAUACCCCGCACCCGCCUACUCCGCACCAGCACCGGCCUACAAGCCAGCCCCAGCACCAUACAAGCCCGCAUACUAAUAACACCACCGUCCCAAUUCACUGAACGUUGCAUCUCAAACACCGACAUCAUCAUUGACGACUUCCAAGACUGUUUUAAGUCUCAGUACAUUUUCGUAGCUGUAUAAUACACGAUAUCUCAUGCGUGUGUUUCAUAUAUAUAUAAUAUAUUAUAUUUGUAUAUUUACUAUUGUCAUCGGUUUCAUCUUGUUUUUUUGUAAAUAAACGUCAUCCAUGUCGUAACAGAUAA